CUCAAGCUCCUCCUUCCGUUCACUGUGAGCGGUGGAGAUGGGAGGCAGGCAGGGGAGGCAGUGGCGUUUUCCUUGCUGUGUGUGCAUGUCAGUUCGACAGAGCGAGCACGGUACAGUACAGCUAGUUAUAAUUAGCAGAUCCACAUAGAAAUUCUGUAUGUAGACCGACGCAUACGUUGAGCAGGCACCGGUUCCUUCCUGAAUCAGCUAACGGGGAAAAACCAUGGACCUAUUCGAGUUUGACUUCUUUAGGGACUGGGAACUGGAGCAACAGUGUCAUUAUGAGCAGGACCGCAAUGCGCUGAAGAAGAGGGAAUGGGAGCGGCGGACCCAGGAGGUGCAACAGGAUGAAGAUCUCUUCUCCUCUGGGUUUAAUCUGUUUGGGGAACCAUACAAGACAGAAGCACGCAGUCUAUCCACUUUGGGGGGGACCAACAACCUAAACAAGACCAACAAAGGGGAUGCCCUGGCCAACAGGGUGCAGAACACUCUGGGGAACUACGAUGAGAUGAAGGAACUCCUCACCAGUCACUCCAACCAGAGCCACUUGGUGGGCAUCCCGAAGAACUCUGUUCCCCAGACCCCUGGCCCUGUGGAGAAGCAAGACCAGCCAAGCUUGUUCACCGAGGGGGGCCAGAGAGGGAGCAGCAGGACAGCCACGGGGCACCAUACCACUUCUAUGCCCCCUCCGCCCUCCUCUUCCUCCCAGACUAGCUCCAGCCUGCUGCACGGCCAUCAGAGUUCCAAGAAGUCACGGUCUUCCGACUGGUCCCGGGGUGCCCACGGAUCCAGCUGCAGCUCCCAGGGGGCGGGGGGUCCAGCCUGCAGCAGGACGAAACACACCUCCAGCCAGGAGCAGCUGCAGCCCCAGAGACACAAGGAGCUGUUCAGCUCCCAGGGCGACGUUGCGGGCCUCAAGGGAGAGUCGUCCGGCAGCAGCCCCUCCUCCGCCUCCACCAUCUCCAGGAGGCCUGGUGGUGGGCAGCAGCAAGCAUCCAAGGCCCUGUCUGUGGCCGAGCACGGUGUCUACAAGGACGGCAGCGCUCAUGUCAAGUCUCCCCUGGAGCAGGAGCCGGGCCCCCAUGGGUCCGGUUCCCCUGUGGCUUCCACCUCCCUGUUGCCCAGUGGCCUCUCAACGCCCACCUUCCCCCAGGGUCUGCACGUCAAGCCCAGCGCUGUGCAGCAGCAGAAGCCCACGGCAUAUGUCCGACCCAUGGACGGUCAGGACCAGGUGCCCCUUGACUCACCAGAGCUCAAGCCUCCUCUGGAAGCGGGGGAUGUCGACUACAGCAACUCGGCCUUUGGCCCCGGCAUAACGGGCUCCAAAAGCAAGCUUCCCAAGCUAACCCUGACACAGGCCGGCGAGGUCAGCCUGUCCACUGAGUCCAGCUGUGUGGAGGAGAUUCUACGGGAGAUGACCCACUCCUGGCCUCCUCCCCUGACUGCCAUCCACACUCCUGGCAAGGCUGAGCAGACCAAAUUCCCCUUACCCUCCAAGGAGUCACAACACUUACCCUCAGGAUACACUGGACAAAAGCUGUGCAAUGUUCCCGGUAACAAGCCUGCAACCAAGUCUGUGCCACAGAAGUCAAUGCUUGAGGAUGACCUGAAGAUCAGCAGUGACGAGGAUGACACUGAGCAACAGGCAGCAGAGAAACCCAAGCCCCGAAGUACACCUCUCAGCAUCCCUGCGGCUGCGUCUCGGACCAGUGACCCGGGCCAUUCCAGCGGCGCUUCGGGCAGCUCCAGCGAAUCGGAGAGCAGUUCUGAGUCGGACUCAGAUAGUGAGAGCAGCUCCAGUGGCAGCGAGUGUAACAGGGCCUCACGAGCCACCACCCCAGAGCCUGAACCUCCAUCAACAAACAAAUGGCAGCUGGAUAAGUGGCUGAACAAAGUUACCCCCCACAACAAAUCUCUUAUCAGCACCCAGCCAGUGAGAGAGAGCCAUGGACUCAUCAACUCCCAGCCUGACAACACUCAACAGCCCGCUGAGAACCAGGGUCAGCCCGCAGGGAAGAGCAAGUCAGGCCCAAACACAAUGCUGUCCCAGACCGAUCCCAAGGAACGGACUCUCCUCAGCCCGAUCCGAGAGAAGGUUAAGCCCAAGACUGGACAAAAGGUUUCAGAGGGCAAGAGUUCAAAAGUCAAGUCCCCAGCGCUGUUGGCGGUGGAGCCAGCCACAGCCAGGCGCAGCAUUGGGAAGAAGCAGCCAAAGAAAGUUGAGCGCUCGUCUAGCCUGGAGGAACACAGCUCCUGGACCAAGCCCAUUAACCCCACCAUCAGCUCUACUCCUAAAGAGAAGGAGCCUCCGCCUCUUUUGGAGCCCCCCAAGUCCAGGAGCAAGGGUACCAUUGGGAAGACUGCCCCUAGGAAGGAACCUCGCUCCACCACUACCACCGCUACUAAUCCAGCUCCUCCUCCCCCAGCCCCAGUACUGGACAAGAAGAAGCACAGGGGGCCCAGCAAGAUAAUCCCCAAAUCCAAGGAGUUCAUUGAGACAGAGUCUUCGUCGUCGGAGUGCCACUCUGAACCAGAGGAGCUGGUCAAGAUCCCCAACCCUCCCUGCCCAGGACCCAGCAGCCAGCAGACUCUCAAAGCAGCCAAGGACUGCAACAGCAAUAUCCUGAGUGUCAGUAGCCUCACCAGCACCUGCAGCACUUCCAUCUCCAUCCCGGACCCUGGUGUGGUUGGAGACCUACUGGAAGACCCCCUCUUCUCCCCCAUCCCCACUGUCCAGAACAAACUGCUGUCCCCUCUCAGGGAAUAUGAGGACAUCAAGUCAUUGUGGGUGAAGAUUGAGCUGAGCUUCCUAUCUAGGAUCCCAGGUCAGGACCCCGCAGAUCCCCCUCCUUUGAAGGUUGAGCCCCAGGAACCUAAUGGCAAGCAUAAACAGCAGUCCCCUGCCCGUCUUCAGUCUACCCCUGUCGAGAAACCCCCUAGCAAGUCCAAAAGGAAACAUAAGUCAGACAACUGGGAUGCUGUCGGCGGGAGCAAAAAACUACGGUUGGAGAAAGAGAUGCUUCUUCCCCCUUGCAUUUCACCGAUACACAACCACAAGAACAUUAGCACAAAAGACUCUCUAAGGAAACAGCCCAGGAAAAGAGAGGAGAAGCGAGAGCUGCUGCCUCCGCUGCUGUCGCCCCUCUCUGAUGAGCCCCCUGUCUGCCAGCGCAGGACAAGCGAGUGUUCCUCCUUCAGCCAGGAGGGCGGCGCUAGCACUGCCACUGGCACCUUAUUACUACCCUCCCUCAGCUGCUCUCUGCCCCCCUUCUCCACGUCCUCAUCCUCAUCUUCUUCACACAAGCACCGCAGCAAAGGAGAGAGCAAAUCACAUUAUAAGACAAGCAGUGAGGAAGAUACCCACAGCAAGCCCUCUAACAGUUUCCAUGGCAACGGUCAGUCUGAUUCUGACGUUUGGUCCAACCCAUCAUCGCUGUCCAUGGACCACAUGGAGCCCAGCAGACCCAAACUAACAUUCAAUAACACAGUUCAUAAUGCAGACUACUACAUGCAAGAAGCCAAGAAACUGAAGCACAAAGCAGAUGCACUGAUGGACAAGUUUGGCAAAGCUGUUAACUACGCCGACGGCGCGCUGUCAUUCAUCGAGUGCGGCAAUGCCAUGGAGCGGGACCCUCUCGAGGCCAAGUCUCCGUACACCAUGUACUCCGAGACCGUUGAACUCAUAAGGUACGCCAUGAGGUUAAAGAACUUCACGAGUCACUCAGCAACGGUAGCUGAAAAGAAAUUAGCUGUAUUGUGCAAUCGCUGUUUAUCCCUCCUGUACUUAAGAAUGUUCAAACUGAAGAAGGAUCAUGCAGUAAAGUAUUCCCGUUCCCUAAUGGAGUAUUUCAAGAACUCAGCGAAAAGUUCCCAAGCACCUUCGCCAUGGGGAGCCAAUGGAAAGAGCACCGGCACUCCAUCACCGCUGUCUCUGAGUCCCUCGCCAGUGAGUUCGGUCAGCAGCAGUACCGGCCCCGCGGGCUCCGCGCCGUCCGGCAACGUGGCCAUCCCCCAGCGCAUCCACCAUAUGGCCGCCAGCCACGUCAACAUCACCAACAACAUCCUCCGCAGCUACGAGCACUGGGACACGGCCGAGAAGUUGGCCGCGGAGAGCCAAGAGUUCUUUCAGGAGCUGGACUCAAUGAUGGAACCGUUGAGCCAACACAGCACCAUGGCUGAACUGGUGCACUACAUUCGCCAAGGGCUGCACUGGCUACGGAUAGAGGCCCACUUGUUAUAGUGCUGCAGGAACUGGAAUGAAACUGUCCGCCAUUGUGUACGUCUGUCUCACACCUCCAUCACUACCUCUACCAGCCAGCAUCGCCCAGCGUCUCCAGACACCUGAUACACCCCCCCCCCGCCAAAAGAUCACCACUCACUGUCUUCAUGCCAGACAGCCAGCCCUACAACCGUCAAGAGAUCCUCGUGAUGAGGCCGUCAUCAGCGCUACUACAGUCUUUCUCUCUGCUCCCGCUACACAAGGUUAACAUUUCCGUCGGAUGUGGAGAGAAAACUGUGACACCCCGAACCCCAGCGCGAUUGAAAGGGAAGUCCCUUUUAAGACCUGUGGAAUGUUCCUAAAGUGUUGCCACUAGAAGAGCGUGAUAUGCGGUGCGGUGCCAUAUGGUUGCUGUCCUGUGAUUUCCCUGUUGUUUGUAUUGAUCAGACAAGCCACUGAGGGCCUCUUAGAACGCAUUGCUCUCCAUUCCAAUGGGAACAUACCUCAUGAAUUGGGCAUACGUGCUAUCAACUCUUCACACGCUUAGUUUUUGCUCAUGCCUUGAUGACCUGACCAGUUUGAUUUAUACUCCAUCAGAACUCCGUCUCCUGUCAUAUGAUAUACAGUAACAGUUAGCUAAUUUUCCACACAUUAGUCACACUGGAACAGAUAAUUUAAAUAAUUUCCUAACUUGUUGCUCAGUGCAAAUUUACAAUGAAUAAUUAAAUCAGAUUUACCACCUCAAGCAAUUUCUUUAGUUUUGAGGGACAUAAUAACAUAAUGUCAUCUAUAGCAGAUCUUAUAACAACAGAUCUGGUGGUUGGUGAUGUCUUUGUGUUUGUUAUUUGGUAAAUGUUGUUUUUGCGCCUACAAUAAUAAGAGGCUGUAUUUAUUCCAAAUCUGCACUGAGGGAUCAGGGGAGAGACGCACCAACUGAGACUGUGUUUAAAUAAAUAUCAAUCAUGCAAUCACUGUUAAAGCACCAUUACCAAUAAUGUAUGUCAGAAUGAGUCCUUGGACGCUUCGGAGGAUCUUCGUAUUAUCUUUUUAAUGUCUACAAUUACUGCUGUGUUCUGUAUCGCAACUCCUUUGAUAUUAAAUGUUGGUUCAGUUGUGCAUGUCCACGCAGGGAUGUAGUGUUAAAGCAUUAUCCAUGGCAUUAUCCAUAGCAUUAUCCAUGGCAUUAUCCUUCCGUGUUCUGUGCAUAGUGGUACAUUCGAUUGUUCAUAUAUUUAAACACGGCUUGAAAGACGUACUGUUUUGCCAUCCUUAUGAGAGACGGGUUGUUUUCCAUCGGAGGCUGUACAUUAUUUGUGUUGUUUUUUGGAUGUGAUGUGAGAGAAUGGGCUGUAGCAAAGAACGUGUGGUGUACUGGUUCCAGGUGGUUUUGGGGGUGGAUUCGCCAUUGCUGGGUGUCUGUCGUUCUCUUCUCUCUUUCAGUUCUCUUCCUAUCUCUCUCUCACCUUAUCACCAUUUCUGAAUGUGUAUGAGAGACAAUGCGGAUGUGUGUGAAAUAUGAUUUUCACUAUGAUAAAACAAAGUGCCUCUGUAUCCAGUGGAAAUGAUUAAGAGUCUAUAUUUAACAAGAAUGAAUCUAAAGGAUUUUUUUCAUACCAUAUUGGUAUAUUAGAUUUUUUUUCCACAGUUUAUUCAUGUACUUUUUACUGGCAAUUAUGACACCAGGUUUGGCUUUACAAUUGCUAAUGUGUGACUUACAUGUAUCAAAUUUCAAACUCAGUUACUGUUUUGAUGAAGGUGAACAGGCUAUUCAGACACUUAAACAUGAAAAUGCUUAACGUGACUUACUAUAAUUACCUAGAAUUAAUAGAUAAACACUCUUCAACCCAUUCACAGCAAUAGCUGGAUGAUACAACUAAUUGUUUUCAUUAUCUUGUUGCUAAAAACAAGGGCAUAUUUAAAAGAGAAAACCACUUAACAUUCACUGUCUCUGGCAUUUAGAGGUUUGAUUGGUGACCAGCGUAUAAAAUGUUUGGAAUUGUUAUCUGUUGAUUUUAGGUAAUAAGCCUACAGCGCUUUGGAAUGUCCUGAGAAAAGCCUGAACAAAUUACAGACAAAAAAAUUAACUGGAUUUUAAAAAUCACUUGAUGUUUAUCAUUUAACUUUUUUAUUAAUGGUUUAUGUCGAUCAGUGUUUUAUGUGAGAGUCGUGUAGCUAAUUGUAACUUCACAACAGCGUUCAUUCAAUUCCAAAUCUACUUAAAGCUGUAGGAGACCACUGCAUGUGGUCAUAGCAAUAUUUACACCAGUCUUAAUGUAACUCAAUGAAUCGAAAAAUAUGAAAGAGAACCCAACAACUUCAUCUUUCUUUGUACUGUAUCUUAAGUGCAUUUUUUUCAUUUGGCCUUUUGCAAAACCUGUGAUAAAAUCUCAUAACCAUUAGUUAGUGGUGUGUUUAGGAAAAAUAGAAUGUGCAAUUAAUUUUUUCAGCCGUUAGAUCACAUUUUCUCCUCCAGUCCCAAGUCGGCAACUGUUUUUGCCUUUAUGAGAAAAGCACUUGGUCCAUUUCCAGUGGCUUUUCCCAGCUGUUCUUGUUAAUGCUAGAGAUAGGCCAUUCUGUCAGGGAAAUCUGUGGCCCUUUGGCAGCUAGUCAACAGAACCAAACAGGACUGGCACUCAGUGCCCCCCCACCCCCCUUUUCAUUUCUCUCUUUUCUUUUUCUCUUCAUACUGUCUCUCUUUCCUCGUUCUUUCUCUCACCCCUUCUCUUCUGUCUCUCUAAUCCACCGUCUGAUACAAACAACCAGCUCUAUACUCAGCGGUACCCAUCUGGCACGAACGAGGAGCAGCUAAUGUCUUGCAGUCACUCCACAAUGAGGAAAGGCUGAUCAAAUUGGCUUAUAUCCAUUGGGGAGAACAUCAUUUUAGUUUUAGUUUUAAAUAUACAGUUUCAUGUCAAAAGAAGGAAAUUGGGAAACAUUGAAUGAGGUGCCGCCUGGACUGGCAGUGUUACCAAGUCAAUGUAUGGUGUGACUUAGUCCGAUGCUUGGUAAAACCAGGUCAUGAUGACGAAUCAGGAAGGAACUACUCAUUAAAUGAGUCCCUAAUUGGCUUGAUUAUAUAUUGCUGCUACAAAUUUUGAUAUCUCUUAAAUAGAUUUAUGAAUUACAGAAAUGUUCAUUUUGAAAUGAGCAUUGCAGAGUAAACAAAAAUAUGAUAUCCUAGCUAGAGUAGUUACAUUUGAGUAGUUACAUUACAGUUUUCUCGGUUGAAACCUGAACAGUAUUUAUUCCUUUCAGACGCAGCAUCUAUAAGAGUUGUGCCCUGAUGCAGUGUUAAUAUUCAACAGAUGUUUUCCUCACUUCACUGUAAUUAGCUUCAAUGCCAACCAAUCCAGCUCAUCUAAGGCAUAGGGAGGUGGGGUGUCGCACCAUUUACCCAACCAAUUCUGCUAUCAAACUCCUUAUUCAUUUACAAAUUGAAGAAAUCCGAAAGACUAUCAACACUAUUAUUGUGUAAUAAAUUGUUGUAUAUUUAUCAUGUUAUUAUUAAUCAUAAUUUAUUUUAAAGCUGCUUUUAUUUCGUCUGGAAUUAGGACAAGCUUGACUGCGCUGUCAGUCCAUCUUGUAUCCUGUUCCAUUGAUCCACUACAAUGAAAACAUCAGAAAAACCAUUGUCUCCAAUUAAUAUUGUCCCAGCUGGAAUCAUUCUGAUUGCAAAUGGAGCUCUGUAAAUAACACUUAGUUUGCACAAAGCACCACACUAUGUUGGUCAAUUAACAACCAUAUGACUCGAUGCUAAAACAAAUUCAGUGGAUAUUGUGUCCUAUUUAAUAUGAAUGAUACAACUAGGACUGAUCUCUCAUUACCCAUAAACAUAUAAAUGAGUAAAGUCAAUAAAUUAUAGACUGGACAUCUGAAAUGUUAUUCCCAUUAGCAGAAUAAUUUAGUAUAAUUUGUUUUUUAAUCGAGUUUGCUUGUAUUUGUGCCUGCAAACCAUUCCCAGUGACUCUUUGUUACUAACAAUCAUGUAUUUUGACUUUCAGUUCACCACAAAUGGCUGUUAUGCAAAUUGAACAACAGAUGGUAUAUGUAGCUUUCAUUCAACUAUAUUUCCAACCCUUCCUUCAGCUUGUUGGUCUUAAAGCAGUGAAGCAGACAUGCUUUAGGGAAAAUGAAGAACAAUUAUACAUACAUCCUUUUGCUGUUUAUAUGUAUCUGUACAGAAUGACGAGGUGCUUUAUGGUUUAUUUCUUUCUGUGUAAAGGAUUGUACCAUAUGGAAUAUAUAGACUGCCCAAAGCUGACAAUAAAGCAUUGAAAAUCCAUUGCCUUGACAAGUGUAUUGCAGAUCUGUGACAUCUCACCACCCCAUAACCUUUGACCUUUUGGUAGUCUGUUCUGUGUGACCUUGGCGUUUCAGUCAUUCCAAUAUCACCUGGAGUGGCAUUUCUUUGUAUCAUGUUCCACUUCCUUUUGUAAAAGAAAGACAAUGAGAUUAUAUAAACUAAUGUACAGUUUCAGUCAACAGCAGUUGAAAAAAAAGGUUUGUUACAGAAAAAAGGCAUUUACUUUUCAUGGCUGUGCUUCGUACUGAAGAAAAUAAAACAACAAUUUACAGCCAUUUAUAUAUCAAGUGGGAUAAACAUUUAAAGGAAAAUCCUGUGCUUUUGAUACAAUUCUAUUUCUGAAAAUAUUAUUGAAAAUCUGUAACGUUAUGAUGUUGCAGAUGGCCAAAUUUAUUGUGAAAAAUAAAGCAAUUUCCCAAAGAUCAAUUCCCUAUGUUUAAGUCUUAGAGAUAAAACUGUAAACUGUUUUUCAGAUCUGGAACAAUCACUGUCAGUUCUGGCAACAUUUCAGUCAGAUCCAUUUAACUGUGAAAUGCAACAUUGAUACAAUAAUAUAAAUCUUUCACAGUGUGACAAAAGCAAUGAAUUUGUUAAACCUUGAGCAAUGUUGAUAGCCAUAAAUUAGCCUAAUGACAUAUUGUUCCUCGAGGCUCAAGCUUUAUAUAAAUGCUUAAAUGCUACCUAUUCCCUAUGAUGUUGGUCAGACAUCAGGGAAAAACAGGGUUACCAUUCCAAGUAAACAGCCUUUUCUCUUACUGAAAUUUUGUUGACAGUUUAAAGAUGGAAAAUGUUGUAAACAGAAAAUGCAAAGACAAUAGUUGUCUUGGUUCAGGCAUGCUGUAGUUUUUAGUUUAUUCAUUUUUGUACAGAGCAGGGUAACUGUUAUGCUAUGGAUUUAUUAAUGUAUAGUUGUACGGAUUCUUUAAAAAUGCGUUAUGUAUCAAAGAGACGUCCUGCCUGUUAGCUUUGUAUUUCAAAUGUGUUGCACAAGUUCUGCCAUUUUUUAUUAUUAUUUUUGCCUAUUGUAUGGUUAUUUUAUAAUAAAAUUGUUAUAUGUAAUGAUCAAAAAUUGAAAUGAUAGUUAUGUUGUUUUUAAAUGUUUAAUGUCUCUGUAAAAAAAAAGAAAUGUAAUAAAAAUGGUAUGAA